ACUUGUAGUGGUAGACAUGCGUUGUGGCUCAUUGGCUUUAUUGAUCAAAUUUAAAUACUUAAAAAUACUUGUUUUCUUUCGUUUUGUGAACAGUGGGGUUUCUUAGACUGCAGUUACUAGACUUUUUGCUGAUGUUUAUGCUUGAUGCAUGGUCAGGUAGUUUAGUAUCUCCUCUGCUUAAGCAGCAUGUAUGUGAGAAAUGUACUCGGAAGUUCGUCUUUCAUUGCGAAACUAUAUAUAUUUUCAUUGCCUAUACUCUCACUUUUUGAUCAUGUUGGUUUAUCGAAUAUAUAGAUAGAUAUUAUCGCGAGAUAAUAUAUUAGUCUUAAUGUGCAGUUGGUUUGUAGCCUAUCCUACUGUACAGAAAGAUUACAUUUGGGUUAUAUAGUUAAUCAAAGUAAUCUUUCCCGGUAGUAUGAAUUUAAUAUUCUAAAAGUAUUUAUCUGUAAUAGUCGUUAAAUAUCAGUAAACGAAUAGCAAGAAAAGUAGCGCAACAGGGCGAGCCAGUCUGGUUAGAUCACUGCGUACUACUUUCCAGCUUUGCGCACUGUUUUCCUCUCUUGUGGUGCUUUCAUUUCGCUGGUAGAUUUCGACUGCUAAACUGUCGAAAACGUUAACGAUCGGUAGUGAGUCAAAAACAAGUCUAACAAAAUGUUGACGCAGAUGUACAUUCUUGAUCUGUUUUCAUUGAAUUUUAUUAUCAAUAACUGACUAUUAAUUUUGUACUAAACUUAUAGGGAACUUCAGUGCAAUGUAUAGGCCUAUGUGCACAUGCAUUUGAAAAUCCUACACCCUAUUUUACGCAUAGGUCUACUUUGCCAUAUUCACAUUUUUUUGGAGUACUCUUUUCAAGAUUCUGACAUCAUGGCCUCAUUGGCAGAUGGCUGCAUUCAAUUCACCCGCCAUGCCGGUGAUGUUUUGCUCAACUUCAACCGCCUCCGCAGCAGAAAUAUCCUGACGGACGUCACUAUCCAGAUUUACGGUCAGCACUUCUGCGCUCACAAGACGGUCCUCGUGGCUUGCAGUGGCCUUUUUUACUCCAUAUUCACGGACCCCCUGAAGAGUAACCUGAGUGCCAUCAGCUUGGACCCUGAAGUUGACCCUGAUGGUUUUGCCAUCCUGCUGGACUUCAUGUACACCUCCACCCUGACCCUGAAGGACAGCCUCGUUCUGGUUACCAUGAACACAGCCUCUUACCUCCAGAUGGAACAUGUGGUGGACACCUGUCGCAGGUUCAUCAAGUCCAGAGAGCAGUCUGUGAGUCUGCAGAGAGAGGAGGUACUGGCCAGCCCGAUGCAUCUCUCUCAGGACCUCCGUGCUUUCAGGGUUCUGGAUAGGGUGGUGACCAGCCCCAGUCACACAUCCAUAUCUCCCCUCAGAGACUGGAGGAGCUACUGCCCCAGUGUAUUCAGUGGUAUCAAUGCUUCAGGUAGCUCCCAUCACGUCCACGGAAAACACAUCCCCAUCAGAAAAAUGUCAGAUGCCUGCAAUGUCAGUGACAUUCCCAAAGGCGGUGCCAUCUUUCAGAAACUCUGCUCUACCUUGAAUCGCACAGAGACCACCAUCAUACACCACCCUUUGUCAUCCGACUCCUCAUCCUCCUCAGUUACGACCAUCUGCCCUCUCCCCUGCUCCAGCCAUCAGACGGGGCCACUUGGGAGCCUCCAGGGGCAUGAACACAGAGGGGCCUCCCCCAUGGAGGAGGACAGGAACCAGCACUCACAGCCCAGCUCUCUCAGCCUGUCCCCAGGCUGCACCAAAGGGGUGAUCUGCAGUCCUCAGAGCCCUCUUCGUUCUGACUGCCAACCCAACUCCCCCACUGAGUCCAGUGGCUGCAGCAGGAACACAGUCCCGUCCCUGACCCAGCCAUCCGGCUGCUCCCAGGAGCCCAAGGCCCGCAACUGGAAGAAGUACAAGUUUAUCGUUAUGAACCAGACCUCUGGGGAGAAGGAGGAUGAGUCCCAGGUAGGGAGUGUUGAGGCUGGGGACUGCUCUCCUCCGCAGAGCCGCUACAGGACCAGUGGAUCAGAGGGAUCUGUUGAAGAACUCCAGACUGGAGAGAUGGUCAACGAGCAUUGGGAAGAGGUCCUUGUGCCACAGGCCAGCCAUCGCAGCGUUCGGCAGCAGAGAUGCUCCUCCUGUGGUACGGACGCCCCUCAGCACCUGGAGGUGUGUUCCCACUCCCCUGGGUCCUACACGGGGGAGGACACCAAUGAGCUGCACUCUGAGUACUCCGACUCAAGUGGUGAGAAUGGUUCCUACUUCUGCAACGAGUGCGACGCAAAGUUUGCGGAAGCGGACUCCCUGAAAGGACACAUGCUCCAGGUCCAUGCUGAUAAGCCAUACAAGUGUGACCGAUGCCAGGCUGCAUUCCGUUACAAAGGGAACCUUGCCAGCCACAAGACUGUCCACACUGGGGAGAAACCAUACCGCUGUAACAUCUGUGGCGCUCAGUUCAACCGGCCGGCCAACCUCAAGACCCACACCCGCAUCCACUCGGGAGAGAAGCCGUACAAGUGUGAAACGUGUGGCUCUUGUUUCGUACAGGUAGCUCACCUCCGGGCCCAUGUGCUGAUCCAUACAGGGGAGAAGCCUUAUCCCUGUGAGAUCUGUGGGACGCACUUCCGCCAUCUUCAGACCCUCAAGAGCCACUUACGGAUCCACACAGGAGAAAAGCCAUACCACUGCGAGAAAUGUGACCUUCACUUUCGCCACAAGAGCCAGUUGAGGCUGCAUCUCCGUCAGAAGCACGGCGCGGUCACCAACACUAAGGCUCAGUACCGCCAGGCGAACAAGGACAUGCUCAUUGGCUUGGCCAAGGCCUGCUAAAUGGACACUGGGACGAUGGAGUGUGAUUUGCUGGCAAUUUUUACGUUGUUUUAGGAACACGUUGUCAUAGUACCACGCUGUCAGUGAUUGUUGUGUUUGUUGGCACUGGCAGACAGGUUUCCUCCAAAUGUGAAUAUUUCAUAUCGUUUAUAGCCCUUUUACUCUGUGUUUGUAUAUAAAUCUAAUGUGUACGGUGUAUAAAUGUGUUUUAAGAUCUCGUGAAAUGUCCUGUAUUGGAAUAUACAUUUUGAAAAUUUGAAUUUUGUAAUAUGAAUUACUUUCGGGUAAUAAUGUUUUCUUAAUGUUUUCAGUUAAGUACAACUUUUUUCCUGAAUGUUUUCAGUUGAACGACAGUCGUCUUCUAGAAAACUGUACGACACACUUUCAUUCAUAUUGAGAAACACUGUUACAUUGGUACAGUUCUGUUAUAGAUAGUAUAUGGGGGCAUGUUCAGCUGGACAAUAGAUAAUAUAUUACCCAGUUCUUUGUAGUUUCUUAUCUUAAUAUUGUGAAUAUAUAAUGUACUACCUACCCAGAUUUCCCUCUGCUGGCAGAGUAUAUGUCUGCAUUACUAAGGUACAGAUGUUUUUUAUGUCUUUCUACCUAGUGAAAGAUUGUCAUUGAAUCUGUCGUUUGGUCAAAAUAAUAUAUUAUCCGACACGGAUACAUAGACAUGCAAUACGCAAUGUAUUCAAGGUGCUUUACACUGAGUUGUCAGAUUUUCUGUUCAUUAGCACAAUGUCCCACGUCAGCACUUUGUACUGUAUUUGUUUUGUCUGCUUUUUGUCUCAAGCCCACAAGCUGUAAGUACACCAGGUCUCAAGCUACAAGUCCUCAGGAAUGUUAUCAACAUUUGUCUUUGUAAACUGCAGAGCUUUAUGUGAAAUAUAAUUAAAGGAAUGUAUUAUGAAAAUA